GCACAGGAGGCGGCUCUGCUGGGCUCCCCGUGCCCUUGGAGCCACAGGCUGCCCGGGAAUUACUGCUAUUGGUGUAACAACAUUGCUGUGAAGACAUCAUAGUGAUAGUUCACCUUGAUCACCAGAACAAACUCCACAAGAGAUGGGAGACACUGAGCCAUGGUAUUCUCAGCAAGUGUACGCAAGAUACUGGAAGCACUAUGACUUAGCCAUGCGCUGGAUGCGUAGACACCAGAAAGCCUACAGGAAAGCCAUGGAGUCCUUUUAUCACCUGCCGUGGCAUCCUUCUGCAGCCUCUCCAAGUAGCCGCUACUCAGAUUGGGAUGGGAAUGAUCUCCCACAUACCCAAAACUAUUCUUCCAGCUAUAGCCCACAUGGCAGAACUCUGUACCAUGGGGGACCUGGGCUGUACACAGAUGCCCACCAAGGGAGGGAGGAUGCUGACAGGGACUCUGAAAUGGAGGAAGACUCUGAGUCUGAAGGGGAGAUAGAAUAUGACUUGAGUAACAUGGAGAUCACAGAGGAGCUUCGCCAGUUUUUUGCACAGACAGAGAGGCACCGGGAAGAACUGCGGAGACAGCAGCAGCUGGAAGCUGAGCACCAGUACGUGGAGGCUGAUCAAGACCUUCACAAAAGGACGGGGCGUUCUGUGCAGCCGCCUGCAGAAAGACCUGGGGAGAGGCGAAUGGCAGAAAUGAAGAAACUGUAUGGUUCUGAAGCUGCCAAAAUCCAGGCAAUGGAGGCUGCCAUGCAGCUUAUCUUUGAUAGAAACUGUGACAAAAAGCAGCCCAAAUACUGGCCCAUUAUUCCCCUUAAGCUCCCUCUUUGCCAGCUGGCAUCCCGUUUUCUACUUUUCCAGCGGGCAUUGCUUCAGCUCAGCGUGAUCCUUCGGAGGGGGAGCAGUAGCCUAUUUAGAGCUUAA